UGGGAUAUGAAUUUUGACACUAGAAUGGGAUUAAUCUCAUUGAGACUAUGAUAAUGGUACCCACUUAUGUAUGGGUUGAGUUUGAUUGAUCCUGCCGGAAAUUAUCUGCCCAGGAUGCUCCUUGCUGCAGGCUGGCAGUGAGGUCGGACGGAGCAAUGCCUCACCGUUGUGCAGAGCUUACCUUCUGCCUGGCUCUACUCUCUCCAUCCUUAAACUUACAGUUGAUACCAAAUAAAGGCAUGGAGAUGUUUCAAAAUCCACUUCUGAAACUCCAUCGACCUGACGUUCAGGUGACAUAUUAGCCGCGCGGGUAGAAGAAUAUACUUGCAUCAGGAUCACUUACGAUCAGACAAUUCUCCACGACCAUCAAGAAUGAAGGCUAUCGGGGUUGAGUAUUACGGCCCCGUCGACCGUCUUGAAUCUCGGGAGGUCCCCAAGCCAACGGAUCUCCAACCUCGAGAUAUCCUGGUUCGGAUCAAAGGGGUCUCCGUGAACCCCGUGGACACAAAAGUACGGAAUGGGACAUACGAUGAUUAUCCGGACUACUACGACCGCGUUCCACGACCAUUCCAAAUCCCUGGGUACGACGCAGCAGGCACUGUGGAAGCUGUUGGAUCAGAAUGCUCGCUUUUCAAAGCCGGAGACGAUGUAUUCUACUCCGGAAGCCCCAUUCAACAAGGAUCAAAUGCCGAGUAUCAGCUGGUAGAUGAGAGGAGCGUUGGUCACAAACCGAAGACUCUUGAUUUUGUCAAAUCAGCUGCAAUGCCUCUGACGUACGUCACGGCAUAUGAGGCCCUCGUUGAACGACUGGAGAUUAAGAAAGGCGAACAAGCAGCACUUCUCAUUAUCAAUGGCGCCGGUGGAGUGGGUGCUAUGGCUACGCAGAUUGCGCGCGUUGUACUUGGUCUUCCAGUGGUUAUUACGACAGCAUCAAGACCGGAGACGAUUCAGUUUACGAAAGAUAUGGGUGCAACUCAUGUUGUCAAUCAUCGAGAGGAUGUCCCUAGUCAGAUUGAGAAGCUGAACCUCGAUUUACCACUGAAGUACAUUUUCAUCACACAUUCCACCGACCAAUAUAUGGACACAUGCGCUCAGGUUUGCGCGCCGUUCGGCAAAGUCUGCUCGAUCGUCCAAGGCCAGGCUAAGAUGUAUGGCACGGCGUUCAUGUCCAAGUCCUUGACAUUCACCUGGUGUCUGCUUGGAACAAAGCCAUACCAUCAAAUCGAUGUUGAAUCGCAUCACCGCAUCCUGGAAGAGCUUGCGGCCUUGAUCGAUGCAGGCAAGAUCAAGUGUCAUCUGACAAAGCGACUGAGAUUGACCCUCGAAGGUGUCAAGGAAGGACAUGAGAUUCUUCAAUCCGGCGGAAGCAUCGGCAAAGUGGGGUUAGGCGUGGACGAGGCAGGAUCUCGAGAGCUUUUUGCCUAGAUUGAUGGCCAGGGCUAUUUGUUUUAACACUUUGCGGGGCAUACUUGGCUGCUACGGUUCUCGACGCUUCGAAUGAUGUUUAAAUAUGACAACACGUGAAUUUUGCCUUCGAUUAUUCUGAUGAUGGCUUGGGUAAUUGCUAUGGUGGAGAUGUGCUAACACUGCGACGAGGCGUGGACGUUGGAAGCAAGACAGAAGUCACUCACUUGCUUCAGAUACCCCAAUAAAGACACAUUUCUCCAAGGUCGAGCAACCUGAUACUCG